AUGCAGCCCAAACACCUCGCCGCUACUGGGCUUGUCCCAGGCCUAGCAAGUGCGCUCUCCCGCCGCGCCGUUGAGCGCUCCUUUACCACAAGUGCUGCCAAGGGCGAUACCUGUGAGAGCUUUGCCAGCACCACGCUCACCAGGACAACGUCUAGCACCACCGCCCCCGGAGCCCCCGAGCCAACCGAAGACCCGGGCUCGGGUCCAUCCCCUAAACUGCCCGGCAUCGUCGACAACUGCGACGAGUUCUAUAAGGUCUCGUCCGGUGACACGUGCGACAGCAUUACCAAAGCCCACGGUAUUUCCACGACACAGUUUAAGAGCUGGAAUACCGGGAUCGAUGAUAACUGCACAAACCUCUGGCUGGACUACUAUGUCUGCGUUCAUAUCCCCGGCGCAACCACAUCGCAACCACCGAAACCAACUGAGCCCUCCGGUCCAACACCUCAAAUGCCUGGCAUUGUCAACAACUGCAAGAGCUUCCACCUGAUUCAGAGUGGUGACAGCUGCUGGUCCAUCUACACAAAUGCGGGUAUCAUCUUUGAGCAGUUCCGCGCGUGGAAUACACAGGUUGAUGCAGCUUGCAGUAAUCUGUGGCUGGGGUACUACGUCUGUGUCGGUGUCUAA